AAAUCACAAAGCCCAGGUCACAUUUCGCUGCCGAUUGUCAAGGACGUUGGAAAUUUGACGUGGGUCUGUCUUUUCAAUCAAAUUGUCAAACAUGGGUAAAGUAAAGUGCUCAGAAUUGCGACAAAAGGACAAGAAAGAGCUCACUAAGCAGCUCGAAGAACUCAAAACUGAGUUGUUGAAUCUUCGUGUUGCAAAAGUGACUGGCGGAGCUCCAUCAAAGCUCUCCAAGAUUCGCGUUGUCCGUAAAUCCAUUGCCCGCUGCUACAUUGUCAUGAACCAGAAGACAAAGGAGAAUUUGCGCAAAUUGUACAAAGGCAAGAAAUUCCGCCCCUUGGAUCUUAGACAAAAGAAGACCCGUGCGAUGCGCAAAGCCUUGAGCCCACAAGACGCCAAACGCAUUACUCUUAAGGAGCAGCGAAAACGUUCCGUCUAUCCACAACGCAAAUUCGCCGUCAAGGCCUAAGCUGCAGGAACAACGCGCGUGGAUACGAAACUAAAAACCUUUUCAACAAUAAAAAAUAAGAGAAGAAAACAAAUUUUUUUCUUUUGUAAUUUAA